AUGUACAUCACCCUUUACUACCUAGUCACCUGCCUCCUUGACUCCCUUUCUUCAGUCAGGGACCACUUUCUCUCCCUUUGCCCCACCGAGCUGACUGUCGACCUGGGUGUUCCCCUGUUCCCCUUCUCCCCUCUGUGGCUUGUGCUACUGCUGUCGACCUUUUUGGCACUGGAGAGGUUGGGGCUGCGUCUGCCCCUAGUGGGAGACUCCGCAACAGCAGGGGCAAGGGGAGCAAGGGUGGUGGAGGGGGUGGCGGGGGAAGCAAUGGAGGAGGUAGAGGAGGCGGAGGAGGUGGCGGUGGAGGUGGGGGUGGUACUGGGAGUGGGGACGUCAGUGGCGGCGGUUAAGGUAGUGGCGGCGGUGGCGGAGGUGGUGGAGGCAACGGCAGCGGUGGUGGAGGUGCUGGUGGCGGUGGUACCGAUCGAGGUGCAGCCGCGCACCAUGGAGGCUUUGGUGGCAGCCAGCGCCAGCAGCAGCUGCGCUCCCGUGAGACCCCGUCGGUCCAGCAGCUUUGUGAGUGGUACGCUGGGCGUGGGAGGCAUUGCGGCUGCUGCUCUAGGUGCUAGUGCGUCUGCUGCUCUAGGUACUGGUACGUCUGCUGCUCCAGGUGCUGGUGCGUCUGCUCUCUCUGGUACUGCACCUACUGAGUCCUUGCACACUUUCACACUUGACUCUGGUGCUUCGCGCUCUUUCUUUAGAGACAGCACCACACUCACGCCGCUCAGUCGGCCUAUUGUGGUCUCCCUUGCUGACCCCUCAGGGGGCCCAGUCCUUGCACACUCCUCCACAGUUCUACCAUGUCGUACGGCCCCGUCGGGCUUGCUCUCGGGACUCCACCUCCCCUCGUUCUUCACAAACUUGGUGAGUGCAGCUGACCUCCAAGAUGCGUGGGUUGACCAAUUCACCCCUGGAGCCCGCGUCCUUGGACAGGGUCACAAGCGUUACUUCCUGCUGGUCUUUGACGACUACUCGCGUUACACCACAGUCUUCCCCUUGCGCAGCAAGGGUGAGGUCCCUGAGGUGUUGAUCGACUGGAUCCACGGUGCACGUCACCAGCUCAGUGAGAGUUUCGGUUCAGACCUUCCUGUUUUGCGUCUGCACUCAGACAGAGGUGGGGAGUGUUCCUCCGACCUCUUGAGGGCCUUCUGUCAUUCGGAGGGCAUCCGUCAGACGUUCACGCUUCCGGCCUCUCCACAGCAAAAUGGGAUUGCUGAGCGCCGCAUUGGCAUGGUCAUGGACGUUGCUUGUACGUCCAUGAUCCAUGCGGCUGCUCCCCAUUUUCUGUGGCCGUUCGCGGUUCAGUACGCUGCGCAUCAGAUCAACCUUCAGCCUCGUGUCACCUUGCCGGAGACCACACCUACUCUACAGUGGACGGGGAAGGUUGGUGAUGCGUCUACGUUCCGUGUCUGGGGAUCUCGAGCUUUUGUCCGCGAUACUUCAACGGACAAGCUGUCCUCCCGUGCCGUUCCCUGUGUCUUCCUUGGCUUCCCUCGUGACGCACCCGGGUGGAAGUUCUACCACCCCACCUUGCGUCGUGUUCUGUCCUCUCAGGACGUCACGUUUGACGAGUCGGUGUCGUACUACCGUCUCUUUCCCUACCGCACUGCCUCUCUCCCCCCCCCCCCGCCGCUCUUCCUAGCACCAAGUACUCCCCACGUAGACCCCCUCCCCCCCCAGGGUCCUGCCCCCUCAGGUGUGUCCCAGGUAGACCCUGCCGAGCUGGUCGAGGUAGCUGUCGACUCAGGUGCCGAUAGAGGUGCUGAGCCUGCGGCCUGGGGUGCUGAGCGUGGGCGUGUGGAGCCUGAGGGUACUGUGUCUGGAGGUGCUGAGCCUGCGCGUUCUGAGUCUAGAGGUGAUCUAGGUGUCCCGUCGCGGCGGGAGCCCCUCUCUGCACAGCAGCUUCGUGAGUGGUACUCUCGGCGCUGUCGAGGUGCUGCUGCUGCUGGUGCUGCUGGAGCAACUAGAGGUGCCGCUGCUGCUAGAGCUGCUGGUGGAGCUGCUGGAGCUGCUGGAGGUACUGCUAGAGCUUCUGGAGAUGCUGCAGGUAAUAGCGCUGCUGGAGGUGCUGCUGGUGCUGGAGGUGCUGCUAGUGCUGGAGCUGCUGGAGGUGCUGUUGGUGCUGGAGCUGCUGGAGGUGCUGCUGGUGCUGGAGCUGCUAGAGCUGCUGGAGGUAAUACUAGAGCUGCUGGCGGUGCUGCUGGUACUGGAGGUGCUCCUUGUGCUGGAGCUGCUGGAUUUGCUGGCGGUGCUGCUGGGACUAGAGACUCUGGGGCUGAGGGUACCGGUCCGUCCUCUGUUGUUUAUGGAGGUGCUGCGCGGCCGCAACCGUACUACGUUCCGCUCCUCCAGCAUGUUCUUGGCUCCCCUCUUGCUCCUGGUCCUCCUCCUCCUUCCCUGAGUCCACCGCCUGUCUUGUCCCAGUCUCCAGCUGUCACUCAUUUUCUGGCCACAGCUGUCAUUCACCCUUUGUUUGAGUCCAUUACUGCGUCUGCUCUUGUUACUGAGCUUGUUGACUUUGCUGUAGCCUGUCGCUUAGACUACGCCACUAGUCUUGUUGCUGAUUCUGCGUUUGCGUCUGUCUUUCCUUGGUCCGUCGGGGGUGAGUGUGCUCUUGGCACGGACGUUGUGGAGGACAAACAGGAGGAUUUUGAGUGCUUUGCCGCUUCUGUACCUCAUCUCGUGUCCAUGCUGAUUGCCCCUGAGGGAGACCCGGAUGCACCAGACAUCCCCACCCCGCGCUCUUACGCAGAGGCGAUAGAGGGUCCCUCCUCCUCUCAGUGGCAGGCAGCCAUGGACGCCGAGAUGGCUUCGUAG